AUGGAGUACGAAGGCCAUCACCAUCACCAGCAACAAUCUGCUGCUGCUGCUGCUGCGCAGCAGCAGCAGCAGCAGCAGCCCCAGCAGCCCCAGCAGCCCCAGCAGCCCCAGCAGCCCCAGCAGCCCCAGCAGCCCCAGCAGCCCCAGCAGUAUCAGAGACAUAUUGUCAGCGCUGGAUCUGGUGAUCUCUAUGAUACCAAGUACGUUCCGAACAUGCCCAUGCCAAUGCAUAUGAGCUUGUCAACGUAUCCUACGCCAUCCACGACUCCUUAUUAUUUUCACGAUGAUCCGCAUGCACAAGUUGCUGUUUAUCACCAGUUACAACAGCAGCUUCCUCAUCUUAUGAACCAACAGUUACAACAGCAGGGGCAGGCCCAAGGCCAGGCGCAAACACAGCAUUAUCAGCAGGCGCAGGCCCAGCAGGCGCAGGCCCAGCAGCAGGCCCAGCAGCAGGCCCAGCAGCAGCAGGCCCAACAGCAGGCCCAGCAGGCCCAGCAGCAGCAGGCCCAGCAGCAGCAAGCACAGGCGCAGCAAGCGCAAACCCAGCAGGCUCAGGCCCAGGCCCAGGCCCAGCAGCAACAGCCGUAUUAUUCCUGGGGGAUGCCUCACACGUAUCAAUAUUCGAUUCCGCAUCCUCAAAUGCAGCAGACACAGCAGCCGCAGCCAAUGCAGCAAGCUCAACAACACCAUCAGCAGCAGCAGCACUCGCAGCAACCACAGCAGUAUGUGCAGACAAUCCCACAGCUGGGCGCUAUCCCUCCUCCAGCAGCCACGGCACCUGCAACAUCGACUAGUAUAGGCGUUUCAAAUGUUACCUCCAGCCAACUGAUGGACCCUAACUCGUUUGAGAAUAUACACAAGUGUCAUUUUUGCGAAAAGGCCUUCAAACGUAAGUCCUGGCUUAAAAGACAUCUUUUAUCGCAUUCCACCAUGAAGCCAUACAGUUGUCCAUGGUGCCAUUCCCGCCAUAAGCGGAAAGAUAAUUUGUCUCAGCAUCUGAAACUAAAGCACGCCGAGAUGCUACUGGAACGCCUUUCGUCGAACCCAAAUACAGCCUCUCAUUUGAUGAACCGUCUGCAUUCCGGCGCGAACGGGGCGGUCGCAGUUACUGCAGCCAGUGCCGACUCGUCUGCAACAAUGGUUUCCUCAUCCUCCUCGAGUGCGGCGGGCCCGACUACGUUUUCCAUCAAGGACAUGAUUGAUUCCGGCAUGUUGAGCAAGAACGAGGUCAAGAAAACAUUAAAUUCCCUAAUAAAUUCUGAUAUCGCCGAUACUGUCGGCCACAACACACCUUCCAUGCAGGUAGGUGCUUUGUCGUCAUUAUCUUCGUCUGCCUCGUCUGCCUCGUCCGCAUCGUCUGCCUCGUCGUCGUCGACGACUACUGCCAUUAACGUUCCUGGCAAUAACAACACCAAUGUCUCUGUUCAUCAACAACAACCACACCAUCAACACCACCACCAUCACCACCACUCUGCAGGCGCACCAAAUUUAGUGGUAGCGGCAAGACCACCAUCAACCUCUGCAGCUCCGGAUGCAACUAACCAAAGCAACAUUCCGCCUCCUCUGGCUGUGUCAGUUGCCCCUACAAUUACAGGUUCCGGUAAUCUAACCUCCAUGGGGAACCUGCACCCAUGA